AUGAUGUCCGUUCCUCUCGUUGCGCCUCGCGAUUCACACGAGCUCUGGUUCGGAUCCUCUCGCCCACGAUAUAGAGGCAGCACGAAUGGCUCCUCAGAACCAUCCGCACCUCGACGACACCAACUACAUAACGGCAAUGGUAACCUGCUCACGAAUGUACCGACAUCAACCCGCGCCCUCUUUUCUUCCACCACCCCAUCCAACAGUCUCGCCAUGCUACAACUCGAAGAACGCGCGCUAAGACUCCGAAAAGAGAACAUUGCCUCCUUUGGAGCUGCAUGGAUCAAACCGGCCGGUAUACCCAAGACGAUGCAGGGGAUGAGAGAGGAAGAAGCGGAGCGCGAGGAAGGGUUGGCAGCGGCUCAGCAGGAGCUGAAUGUUGCUGCUAUGGUAGCUGCGGCUCAGGCUGGAGGGGUUGCGGGUGCUGAUGCAUUUGGAGGGGAGACGAUGCUACAACAGCAGCAGGAUAUGAUGGUGGGAGGAGAUAAUGCUGGUGUUGCCGGGGAAGGGGAUGGAAUUGGAGCGGAUGAACUUGAACGGGAUCUCGAUGAUGAUAUUCCUGAAGCUGAGGAUGGGUUUGCGGAUUCCGAUGAAGAGGGCCUCGUCGAGGAAGGGGAAGAAGCAUAUGAAGAAGAGCUUAUGGAUCGAAAUCUGGACGAUGAUAUACCUGACGGAUACCCGGAUGAAGAUGACGAUGACGACGAUGAAGAAGAGGAAGAUUACGGCGAUGACGACGAAAUUGCCGGUGGAGAUGAAAUUCCGGUCCGCGAUCUGGACGAUGAUAUACCUGAAGCAAAUGACCUCGAAGACGAAGACAUGGACGACGACAUCCCAGAAGCCGAGGAAUGGCAACACACCGACUCGGAGCUAGAAGACGACGAUGACUCUGACAUGGAUGGAGACCAUACCAACACACAUGAUCCGUUUGCGCAGUAUAAUAGCCCAGCUGACGGGGCGGUUUCGACUAACACCCAAACACCGGCAAGUACGAAUACUGCACGACGCGGGUCACGGCGUAGUAGUACUCGUCUGCCGCCACCACCACAAGCAGAAAUGCGUCGAACUCGAGAAACAGAAGCACAGCGACGGUUUCUGCAGCGUUGGAGCGGGGUUGGGGCCGAGUCCGACUCGGAUAAUGAAACACUACCCUCGCCUAUGAUGGGAGUUGACAACGAAGACGAAGAUGAUGAUUUGCGAGCUUCGAUCACGAGUGCCAGCUAUGCUCGGGGUCAAGCUGCGCGAAAUGCGCGAAUGAGGCAGGCACAGAGUAGAUUUGGGCGGUUUAUGAGACGGGGGGGACCUAGGGAUAGUCUUGACUAA